UUACGCUUGAUGUAAGUAUAACUAGAGAGAGCACAGAGAGAGUUGUAAAAACAGAAUUAUAAAAAGCACUAUCAACAACCAGAUCCAGAGACACCAACCUGGAGAGAAUCUGUGAACACCAGAACACAACAAGAUGAAGAUCCUGCUGAUAUUCAUCCAACUGUACUUUAUAAAAGGCUGUGUGAGCUUCAUAGUGACAGGAUACUCUGGAGGAACUGCCAUCAUCUACUGUCAUUAUUACAGAGGAGAGGAGCAUUAUGGGAAAUAUUUCUGCAUGGGGCAGAACAGUUUAAGUUGUGAGGAGAAAAUAAGAUCAGGUAGUCAGAACACCUGGGAACACAGUGGGAGAUUCUCUCUGUAUGACAAAACUGUGGUGAACUACUUCACUGUGGUCAUCAGACAACUGACCAGACAAGAUGAAGGAACCUACUGGUGUGGAGUGGGUGAACCUGUUGUACCUGACAGUUAUACCAAGGUGGAGCUGGAAGUAAAGGAAGAUAAAUGCUGUUUGAAGUCAGUCACAGAGACGGUCUAUCUGGGAGGAGAAGCUACCAUGAUCUGUAACUAUCCAGAGAAAUAUGAAAACAGCUCCAAGUAUUUCUGCAAGGAGAACAGAGAUUUAAAUGAAUGUGAUAGCAUUAUCUCCGAAUCAGUUCGGAGAUUCACUGUGACUGACAACAGAACAGAGAAAAGCUUCACAGUGACCAUCAGGGACCUGACUGAAGAUGAUACUGGGACAUACUGGUGUGGAGUAGAAACCAGGAUUGAUGAAGUGUUGCGUUACAUUACCGUGUUUACUGAGGUACAUCUCAGUGUGACUGAUUCUACACCAUCACCACAAUCAAUACCAUCAGCACCAUCAGCAACAUUCAUCAACACAUCUGGUAUCUUAGUAGUGAUCAUUGUGUCUCUGUGUUGUAUCUUAGUAGUGAUCAUUCUGUCUGUGAUUCUGGUUGUGGGGUUUAUCACCAUCGUUCUGGUAAUUGUCUACAGGAGGAAGGUGGAAGCUGCACCCUCAGAGAUGAGCUCUGAGAUGGUGUUUUAG